CUAGCAAUCUGGCAGCACCGCUCAAUGGUAGUAUAAGUAUCAUUCGUCUGGUGUGCGUUAGUGGAUUUUCAAUCAACAUUUACGUUUUACUAAAAAUUGACAAUAGAAAAAUAAGGGAUUGAGAUGGCUUUAGAACGAGCAAGCAGUUUAUGGAUCGGUGGGCUGGAACCGUAUAUGACAGAAGAGUUUCUUAUGCGGUCUUUUGAAUUAAUGGGAGAAAAACCGGAAGCCAUAAAAGUGAUGAGGAAUAAGCAUACUGGUUUACCUGCUGGUUUUGGCUUUUGUCAAUUUCGUGAUGAAAAGCAAGCAAUGGAAGUUUUGCACAAGCUGAAUGGCAAGAUCAUUCCAUACAGUCAACCACCAAGCCGUUUCAAGUUGAAUCACAGUACAAAUACAAAAGGAUCUACUGCUGAUCAUGCACUAUGGGUAGGAGAUCUUAGUGCUGAUGUAGAUGAUUAUGGACUCUACAAGUGUUUUUCUGCAAAAUACAACUCAGUUCAAUUAGCCAAAGUUGUGAGGGGAAGCAAUGGAGAAAGUCGUGGUUACGCUUUUGUUAACUUUUCAAAUGAAAGUGAUUACAAGGAUGCUCUAACACAUAUGCAAGGACACAGAGGAUUGGGUAGCAACCCACUGAGAGUGUCUUUGGCUAUACCGCGUAAUUACAACAUGAUUCCUGGCUCCUCUUCUAGUACGUCUGCAACCUCAACCUUAAGUGCAUCGAUUGCUUCGUCAAUCGUUCAAGCCGCAGCCAGUGGCCAACCAGUACAACCUCAAGCUGCAGCCGCAGCAGCGGGUUACGGACAGUACGUCGAUCCAUCCUACUGGCAGCAGUACGGCGGAUGGCAAGGGUAUGGAUACCAAGGUGGAUACGGCUACGAUGGUCAGCAAGCUUAUGCUGGCUACGGCGUUGGUGGGCAUAUGCCUGCUCAACCUGAAGAAGAUGAAUUUGAGCUUAUAGAACACAAUACACCCGUGGAUAUUGAAAAACUAAAUAGGGAACUGUUCGAGCGCAAUCAAGAUUUGUGGGAUGCGCUGGAUGAAGCUCGCUGGACCACUUUCAAUCCUGAGAAAGCCGUUCCACCAGUCAAAGCUGAAGAAAAUGGCAGUAGUACUCCCACCGUAGCAGCAGCAUAAUCCGUAUGCCAAGAAAAGGAUUCAUUUCUGCCUGUCAUAACUUCUUUAGUUUUUUUUCCUUUUCAUUUUAAAUAAUGAAUACAUUGAUUUCGAAUAA